AUGCACUGGAUCCAUUGGAUAUCUUGCCUUUGCAUAGCAAUCGCGACCGCUCAAUCCACCGACGGUAUCUUCAAGCUUGUUGACCGACGGCUACCUGAGCACAUCCAUGACUUUCAGUUUACUUUGGAUGACAGUGUAACCGGUAGCCACGACGCUUAUGUUGUGGAAAGUGCCACAAACGGCACAAUCCUUGUCAGGGGAAACUCUCUAAGCGCGUUAUCUUCCGGACUGCAUCGCUAUCUCAAUGAUGUCGCUCAUGUUGACAUUUACUGGUUCAUCGGGAGCCGACUACAUGUCGCCCCUUCCGAAUUGCCUCGCUUAAAUGAGCCCCUCAACGGAUCCAGCACGGUCCCUUGGAGGUAUCACUUCAAUACAGUCACAUUUUCGUACACGACUGCAUUUUGGACAUGGGAAGACUGGGAGCUUCAGCUUGACUGGAUGGCUCUGCGCGGCGUCAAUCUACCCCUUGCAUGGGUGGGCCAAGAAAAGAUCAUCGUCGAAGUCUUCCGCGAGAUCGGGCUUACCGACGCAGAAAUCGGCACUUUCCUGAGCGGCCCUGCAUUCCAAGCAUGGAAUCGAUUCGGUAAUAUUCAAGGGUCAUGGCAUGGUGAUCUUCCAGACUCAUGGAUCGACGAACAAUUCGAUCUACAAAAGAAGAUUGUCCAUCGCAUGGUAGAACUUGGAAUGACCCCUGUGCUUCCGUCAUUCACUGGAUUUGUUCCAUCUAAUAUCACCCGUGUCUUGCCUGAUGCGAAUGUUGUUCGAGGAUCGCAAUGGGGCGGCUUCCCCAUUCAAUACACCAACGAUACAUUCCUAGAGCCAUUUGACGAAAACUUCGCAGAUCUGCAGAAGCGCUUCAUCACCAAACAGCAGAUUGCGUAUGGAAACAUCAGCCAUAUCUAUACUCUUGAUCAGUACAACGAGAACGACCCCUACUCUGGUGACUUGGAUUACUUGAAAAACGUCACUCGGAACACUUGGCAAAGCUUGAAAGAUGCCGAUCCCAACGCCAUUUGGAUGAUGCAGGGGUGGCUUUUUUACGCAAACUCUGCGUUCUGGACUGACGAGCGCGUUGAGGCAUACCUCUCUGGCGUGGAUUCGAAUGAAGACAUGUUGAUCCUGGACCUGUUUUCGGAAUCUAUUCCACAGUGGCAACGGACGAACUCUUAUUAUGGCAAACCUUGGAUCUGGUGCCAGUUGCACAAUUUCGGAGGCAACAUGGGUCUGUACGGACAAAUCCAGAAUCUGACUGUGAAUGCAACUCAGGCACGGAUUGAGUCGCCCUCAAUGGUUGGGUAUGGUCUAAGCAUGGAAGGCCAAGAAGGAAACGAAAUUAUCUAUGACUUGCUCCUCGAUCAAGCUUGGUCCGAGACACCACUGGACACACAUCAAUACUUCCGAGCAUGGGUUACGAGCCGGUAUUCCGGUCAAGACACAACCCCGAAUGGCCUAUACGUUGCUUGGGAUCUGAUGCGUCAAACAGUCUACAACAACACUAAUCUCACGACCUUGGCUGUGGCCAAAUCUAUUGCAGACAUCGAGCCCAGGCUAUGGAAUCUGGCUGACGUGGUCGGUACACAUGGCACUACCGUCAACUACGACCCGGCAGUUCUGGUUCGCGCAUGGCAGUCCCUCUAUCAAGCAGCGGAGGAAGAGCCAGACCUAUGGUCUAACCCAGCUUAUCAACACGACCUGGUGGACGUGACGCGUCAAGUGAUGGACAACGCGUUCAUUCCCAUGUACUCGGAUCUAGUGAAGUCCUACAACGAAUCUCGCUCAGACGAUGCCAGCUUCGCCGAGCAGGGAGACAGCCUCGUUAAACUUUUGACAGAUCUUGAUGCGGUUCUUCUCACCAAUCGCAACUUCCGCCUAUCAACCUGGAUUGAUUCGGCAAGAGCUUGGGCCCAUGGAAACAAAACCGAGGAAGCUUAUCUCGAGUAUAACGCGCGCAAUCAGGUUACUCUGUGGGGACCGAGCGGUGAAAUUACGGACUAUGCUUCCAAGCAGUGGGGAGGACUUGUAUCAUCUUACUAUGUUCCACGCUGGAGUAUGUUCGUCGACUACCUGAAGAAAACUCCAACCACAUUGUAUAACACCACCUUGCUACAUGAAAAGCUGCGGGCGUUUGAGGAUCAGUGGCAGGAUGAAACAUGGCACACCUCUGAGCCUACUGGGGACAGGGCGGACUUGAGAAAUGUUCUGGAGAGAGCUGUGCACAAUUGGCCAUCCACCUUUGACGUAUAA